AUGGCGCCGUCCAAGAGCAGCAACGUGAAACGGAGCGGUACAGAUGAGAGCAGCCAGAUUUCUUUCAAAAAGGACAUAAACUCUAAAGUAGAUCUCAUAAUUCAAAACAGAAAGCAUGCCAACGAUAUAUUUGACAUUCUUGAAUACCUGCAGUCUGAGAGAGAGAAAGAGAUACUCUGUGCGGUCAAUGCCUGUAGCAGGAUCUUCUGCACUCUGUUGGAGAGGGGUGACCUGUACGUCGGUCAGUUGCCCAAGGAAGAAGAAAUUUUAGAAGGUGAUCGCAGUGCGGAUGAAAAGUACCAUAUAUUUGUUCGACAUCGUUACAACGACUGUGUGGAGUCUCUGCUGGAGAACAUUGGCCAUGAAUCAUUCCAAGUGAAGGAGAGUUGUCUUUGUACUCUAAUGAAGUUUGCAUCAGCUGAAGGGAAGCACCCACUUCAAAAGAUGGACUGGUGUGAGCAUUACAAUUUUCCCAGAGAGCUAAUACAGGCAGUGGUGGGCGGUCUGCUCUCAGAAAAGGAGGACAUGGCUUUGCUCAUCUCUAGGUUCCAGGAGUUUCUGGAGAUGGAUGAUGUUCGAUUCUAUGUCAUGACUUCUAUCCGUGUGAAUGUGGCCAGAGUUAUGGAUAAAAACAAAGGGGCGGUGAUGCCUGUCUAUCAGAACAAUGUUUUUACGCUGCUCACCAACAUCAACAUGCCCAGUCAAGAAUCAGAGAUCACCAACUUCAUGGUCAAGCAGGAGGUUAAACACGAAGACUGGAAACCAACCAAAAUAAAAGAGCAUAAGAGAGCCUUUGACCGAAUGUGGCUGGGAUUUCUUAAGCACAAGUUACCAGGGAGCAUGUACAAAAAGAUACUGGUGAUUCUCCAUGACUCAGUCCUGCCUUACAUGAGUGAACCUACCCUGUUGAUUGACUUUCUGACAGCUGCAUAUGAUGUUGGUGGAGCUAUUAGCUUAUUGGCUCUGAAUGGACUGUUUGUCCUUAUUCACCAACACAACCUAGAUUAUCCUGACUUCUAUAAGAAGCUGUACAAUCUGCUAGACCCCUCGGUUUUCCACGUAAAAUACAGAGCACGAUUCUUCCACCUAGCCAACAUCUUCCUCUCCUCGACUCAUUUGCCGGUCUACCUUGUGGCUGCAUUUAUCAAGCGGUUGUCUCGCCUGGCCCUCACAGCGCCGCCUACAUCUCUUCUCAUGGUACUGCCUUUCAUCUGCAACCUCAUUCGCAGACACCCAGCCUGCCGCGUUCUUAUCCAUCGACCCACUGCAGCUGAUGAACCCUGUCAAGAUCCUUAUGUGAUGGAGGAGGAAGAUCCAGCACAGAGUCAUGCCCUGGAGAGCAGCCUAUGGGAGCUACAGACCCUACAGAAGCAUUACCACCCUGACGUGGCAAAGGCAGCAAUGAAGAUAAACCAGCCCCUGCCGGACAUGGAAGAUGACAUCAGCGAGCUGCUUGAACUCACAACCUUUGAGGUGAUGGAACGGGACCUUAAACAGACUGAAAAGCAGACAGUGCCGCUAGAGUUUGAUCCAGCCACCCAGUUGCUGCAGAGCCCCAAGGAAGUUCUUGGUGUACACUUCUGUCUGGAUUAAAUGCAGCUUUUUACUGUAAACUACCACUUAAGCUUUCUUC